CUGUGCGUGGAGCACAUGAGUCCUGCGUAGAUGACAUCGCUCCUUCGCGCACUGAAGCCGCAGCUGGAGGAGAGCUGCGUCAGGUUGUAGUCUCGGAGCUCCACUCACGAUGCUGAGCAGGCCGUGGGCAACGAUGGGCCACGCACUGCUGUGAACAACAUUAAUCGGCCAUACGAGGUGUUUGUUGGAUCAGUGUGCACCGCGUCCGCGAUGAUGUCCUCGUACUACCACCCGGCUAAAGAAGCAGACAUGGCGGCCAUGACAGAACCGCUAUGCCUGGAGAGAGAUGUUUGCAGGGUGAUCGAGCUGCUGGACCGGCUGCAGCGGACUGGUGAGCUGCCUCCUCCCAAACUGCAGGCCCUGCAGAGAGUCCUGCAGAGCAAAUUCUGUGCUGCCAUUAGAGAGUGGAGAUGGAAGGACCGUGGAUUGGACUCUCACCUGGGCCUCAGCACACUGGUUUAUGAGCAGCUCUAUGACACUCUGGACAUUGUUGGGGGACCAGAGGUGCGAGCCCAGGCAACAGCCAAGGCCACAGUGGCAGCCUUUGCAGCCAGUGAGGGGCACGCCCACCCAAGGGUGGUAGAACUGCCCAAGACAGAAGAGGGGCUGGGCUUCAACAUCAUGGGUGGAAAAGAGCAAAACUCUCCCAUCUAUAUCUCAAGAGUUAUCCCUGGAGGAGUGGCUGACCGCCAAGGUGGGCUGAAGAGAGGAGACCAGCUACUUUCCGUCAAUGGUGUGAGUGUUGAAGGUGAGCACCAUGAAAAGGCUGUUGAGCUGCUGAAGGCUGCACAGGGAUCAGUCAAGUUGGUGGUCCGCUACACCCCGAAGGUGCUGGAGGAAAUGGAGGCUCGCUUUGAGAAGAUAAGGAGCGCCCGGAGACGACAGCAGCACACCAGCUACUCAUCUCUAGAAUCCAGAGGCUAACCAGCCCAACGCCUUCAUCUGAUUUAUCAUCCAGACCUCCCGAUUCUUCUGCUCCAGCAGGAAGAAAGACCAUGGAUGGAAGCAAAGAAGUAGUCAACCAACAGCUGUUACCUGAGCUGAAGCAUUGAAACCCGCAGUUUAGGAUCCUCGUGCCACUUUCUUAGACAAAUGAAAACUGCUGAGCUAGCUUGUAGUCAGAACGUGCCUGUAAAUUUCUUUUCCCAGAGUGAUGUCUUCCUGAGCAUCCUGUUACCUACGGCCAAAUAUCCUCUCUAGUGUGUAGCUUAAUCAGAAUCUAAACUGCACAUCCUCAACUGUUUUAAAGUACACUGCGUUUCUGAUUAGAGUCCACAUUCUGCAGUAGACCCCAGUAGCAGAAAAAAACACUUCCCAAGAUAGACCCAGAUAGAAGGCUAAGUGUUGGCAUUUGUGAAUGGCUUGUUCAAUUUUGUGAAAUUGUUGACAUUUUUUUGUAUUUUAUUUUUUGUCUAUAUAUUUAUUGGCAAAUUUCCCAUGAAUUAAAGUCAGUGUAAAAUUAA